AUGGCGGUUUCCCCUGCACUCAGCACGCCGAAGAAGGGCGUACGGCCCGCGCCGAGCGACUCCGUGGCGUCGCCUGCUUCGCGGCGGAGAAGCGAGGCGCUCGCCGGCGGCGCGCUCGCCCUGGAUGUGCUUGGCAUCCGCGCAGGAACCGAAGAAGAAAAACGUAAUCAGGAGCAGCAGUGGAGGGCUCUCAUGGAAGCGUGGAACCGCGACGGAACUGAGGAAGAGCGGCAACUGGCCCUGCAGCACCCGCACGUUUUUUUUCAACUCGACAUCGCGAACGCGACUGCCAACCGCAACGCCGUCCCGGUGGCGAUUCGUAACCGCCACCGCUCGCUGGCGGUCUCCGCCGCGCGUUCUGCGGCACCCUGCGCCUCCUACGAGCCCAACGUGUCUCCGACGCCGCCGCCUGCAGCGGUAUCGCCUGGCGCCCAUGCGGCGGAGGCUGCAGGGACGGUAAACGGGCUCGCGCCGAUGUUUCGCGUGUAUGGCGUCACUGAGGAUGGGCGUUCAGUCUGCGCAAACGUGCAUGGCUUCUUCCCCUACUUCUACUGCGAAGUCCCCCCGUCGCUGCAGGAGCAGCUGCUUAAGGAGCCCGGCGGCGGCGAAGGAACGAACGCCAUCACAGCCAGGUUCAAAGCCUUCCUCGACGAGUGGCUGCUCAAGACGCAGUCGUCGGCGAAGGCGUACGAUGCGCGGUGCCUCGACGUCCGCAUCGAGAAGAAAGAGAGUCUGAUGUACUUCAAGCCCUGGAAGGGCCCGUCGCUGUUUUUCCGCAUCACGCUGGUGCUGCCGACCUGGAUUGCGCCGACGCGCACGCUGAUUGAGCGCGGCAUCUCGAUCGACGCCUCGCUCUCUUCCGCAGGGCCUUCUGCGCCCACGCCGGCGAUCGCGCAGGCGGCGCCAGAGGCCUACACCGCAGAGGACGCCGAGGAGGAUAUGAACGCCGCCAGCGAGGCGCGGGACGAGGCGAGCGUCGCGCAGCAACUCGAAGCCGCCCGCGCGCUCGCCGGCGCCGGCGGAGGUGUCAGAGUCCCUCUGCCGGUAACGACCUACGAGUCAAACAUCCCGUUCCUUCUGCGGUACCUCGUGGACACAAAGACAACUGGAUGCUCCUGGCUCGUCGAUAUCGAGUGCGUGAAGCUCCAGGGUGAAGGGUUUCCCGAGCCGGAGACGGAUCCUGUGAUUCAGAUUUCGUCGAUCGUCGUCUGCCAGAGUCCGCCAGACUCGCCGAUUGACGCUGAGUCGCCCCUCGCAGACCUCGAGGCGCGGCGCCGCUGCAAGCUGACCGGCGGCCUUGAGCGCCCGCUGUGCCGCGUCCUCUUCUCCCUUCGCGAGUGCUCAUCCAUCCCCGGCGCAGUCGUCGUCUGGUUCGACGAGGAGAAGGAGAUGCUCAGCAAAUGGGCAGAGUUCGUCAGAGAGGUCGAUCCAGAUUUCUUGACGGGGUACAACUGCGUGAACUUUGAUUUGAACUACCUCAUCACGCGCGCGGCGACGCUGAAGGUUGAGGGCUUCAACCGGCUGUCGAGGCUGAAGAUGCUCGAGAGCAAGAUUCGCGACAGCAGCUUCAGCUCACGCGCCCUCGGCACGCACGAAGGCAAAGAGAUCCCGACGGAAGGCCGCAUGCAAUUCGAUCUCCUCGAGCUCGUUCGCCGCGAAUACAAACUGAAAAGCUACUCCCUCAACUUCGUCUCCUUCGAGUUUCUCAAGGAGCAAAAGGAGGACGUUCACUACAGCAUGAUUGGAGAUCUUUUUCGCGGCUGCCCGUCCUCGCGGCGGCGCAUCGGUGUCUACUGUCUGAAGGACGCGUACCUGCCGCUACGGCUUUUAAACGAAUUGCUUUUCCUCUACAACUACGUCGAAAUGAGUCGAGUCACGGGCACUCCCCUCAACUUCCUCCUCACCAGAGGUCAGCAAAUCAAGGUCACGGCGCAGCUGCUGCGGAAGUGCAAAGAGUUGAACUACGUCGUCCCCGCUGUGAAGCGGUCAGGCGGUGACAACUCUGUGCAGUACGAAGGUGCGACUGUGUUGGAUCCGCGGAAGGGCUUCUACGACAAGCCGAUCGCGACGCUCGAUUUCGCGUCGCUAUACCCCUCCAUCAUGAUUGCCCACAACAUCUGCUACAGCACGCUCGUCGCGGGUCCGGACGCACAGAGAGUGAACAACUCUGAUGACGUGACCGUCACGACGACGACGCCGGCGCACAAGUUUGUCAAGGCCCACGUGCGGCGCGGCGUGCUGCCGAUGAUUGUCGAGGAGCUCAUCGCCGCGCGCAAAGUCGCGCGGAAGGAGAUGGCUGCCGCGAAGGACGAAAUGACAAAAAAAGUGCUCAACGGCAGACAACUCGCGCUGAAAAUCAGCGCAAACAGUGUCUACGGGUACACGGGAACCACGACUGGAGGGCAGCUUCCGUGCUUGGAGGUUGCUACGACCAUCACGUGUUUUGGCAGAGAUAUGAUUGAUUUCACGCGGCGCGAAGUCGAGAAGAUGUUUUGCCAGGAUAAGGGCCGCGCGAACAACGCCACAGUUGUCUACGGAGACACAGACUCGGUCAUGGUGCACUUUGGAGAUCACACGAUCGCAGAAGCCAUGCAGCUCGGCGAAGAGGCGGCGCAGGCUAUUAGCGCGAAGUUUAUCAAGCCGAUUCGUUUGGAGUUCGAGAAGGUCUACUGUCCCUUCCUGCUGAUGAACAAAAAGCGCUACGCCGGCCUGCUCUACACGCGCCCAGAUAAAUACGACAAAAUCGACUCCAAGGGUAUCGAAACGGUUCGCCGCGAUUUCUCUCUUCUUGUUCAAACCAUGGCCGACACGGUUCUCCGGAAGAUGCUUAUCGACAAAGACGUUGAGGCCGCGAAGGAAUACACUCGAAAGAAGGUCGCGGAGCUUCUGCAGAAUAAAAUCGAUCUCAGUCUGCUCGUGCAGACCAAGAGUCUGGGGAAGAUAGACUACGACACGCGCCUGCCGCACGUCGAGCUCGCAAAGAAGCUCCGCAAGCGAGAUCCCGGGACGGCGCCUUCGGUCGGCGACCGCGUGUCAUACGUCGUCAUUCAGGGCUCGAAGGGUCAGGCGCAGUACGAGCGCGCCGAAGACCCGCUGUACGUGUUGGAGCACAGCCUGCCGAUCGACACGCAGCACUACCUCGAAGGCAUCAAAAAGCCGCUCUGCCGCAUCUUCGAAGGUGUCAUGAGCAAUCCUGAGAGCCUCUUCACCGGCACGCAUACGCUGAAGCGCACCGUGAGCAUCUCCACGCAGGGCGCGCUCUCCAAGUUCAUCCAGCGCGGCCUGCAGUGUGUCGGCUGCCGCUCGGUCAUCCGUGAAGGCACCUUGUGCCGCCACUGCCAAAAAAACGAAGCGGAAAUCGUCGUCGCGAAGAUGGCGGAGAUGGCUGCGAAGGAGAAGGAGCAUUCCGACCUGUGGACCGAGUGUCAGCGGUGCCAGGGCAGUUUGCACCAAGACGUCAUCUGCGUGAAUCGCGACUGUCCCAUUUUCUAUCGCCGCGUCAAAGUCAAGAAGGAGAUCGGCACGCUCGAGGAACGACUUUCCAGUCUCUCGCUCACGACCGAAUGGUGA